CCACAACACAGGUGGCUGCGGCACCUCAAGUUUAGGGGCGUACAGCGUUUCUCGCAGACUAGUGCCAAUUCAUUACCGCCAUGACUACUCUUCUGACCAAUUUCCCUGGCACGUCAACCAAAUCCUUGCUCGAGGCAUAUAACCGAUGCCUCAGUUUGGAGGCCCGCAUGUUUGACCUACGGUCUCUCACAUGUGCUUGACUACUGGGUUACAUGUCAAUACAUGCCCCAAGUCCCACUGGUCGUACCAAUGUCACCAAGGCAAUUCAUAAGUGUCUGGAUGACCGUGAACUUUCCGAGCCUGGGCUGUUAUACUUCCAACAGUUCUUGGAUUUGUGUGACUGUUACAACUCUGAGGAUUCCGAAGAUUCCGAGGGUUCUUAAGAUUCUCAAGAUUGGACGCCGUCAUUAGACCGUCCUGAGGACGAUGCUCUUUCGCAAGGGAUCCCUAGUACUUGGAGCUCCACAAAUGCUCAAGCACUUGCAGUCGGUUGUCCCGGGGAUUCUGAGGAUUCCCAAGGUUCCGAGGAUUCUGAAGAUUUGAC